AUGACUAUAGAGCUGGCUUACUCCUUCAAGGCAACUGAGAAGAGCGAUGUGUACAGCUUUGGUGUGGUUCUUCUAGAGUUAGCAACCGGUCUUCUACCAGUGGAAGACGAGUUCGGUGAAGGCAAGGACAUUGUGGACUACGUUUUCUAUAAAAUUCAACAAGAUCGGAGGAACCUUGGAAACGUCUUGGACAAGAAGGUUGUGUCAAGUUACGUAGAAGAUAGCAUGAUUAAGGUUCUGAAAAUGGGUCUUCUUUGUACUACAAAGCUCCCUAGUCUCAGACCAAGUAUGAGAGAUGUUGUGAGAAAGCUUGAGGACGCUGAUCCAUGUGUCUCCAAUUCUGUAGACAGAACCGGAAAGAUUACAGUAUAG